UUCAGAUAUCCAAUCCGGGGCAUGUGGGGUUUUUAGUCUCACAUCGCCGUAUUAUUAAGAAUGGAAAGGUCUUUAAUUUUUAUACGGUCUUGAGCAAUUCUCACCCUUGAAUUAGCUUUUGAGGCGGAAGGUCCAUUCCCUUGACUCACCACAUAUGGUAGCUAGAUACUGGUUUCAUACUAAGUGACUACUAAACAAGAAUUAGCUUGUUUUGGAAGGGUACAAUUAUCUUGAAGCAUUAUGUUUUUUAGCUAUAGCCUCUCUGGCCACUUCACUAAAUGGUGGCGCAAAGCUGCUUUCUUUUCCAAAGCAGCAAUUUUCAUCUCAGGACUGAUCGGCAUGCAUGGAAUAGUAGAAUACGCGUUGCUAGCGACUCUUAUAACUCAGCUGGAGGAUGACCUAGGACUGCGAAGUGCAGCUAUAGCAGUGAAUAUGUUUGAAGGACUCUCAUCCCUUUUUGUCAUUGUGGUUUCACAACUUUCUGAGUCCUACUUUGGUCGCUUUAAAGUGAUUCUCUUCACCAAUGCUGCUUUUAUUUUGGGACUGGGAAUGCUGUGGCGCUUGUCCCACCAAAAUGAUGCAGCGGUGUAUGAGGCACUGUUGUGGGACAAUGAUGCAGUGGUGUAUGUGGCACUGGUAGUGUUAAGUUUUGGUAAAGCUGGGCGAGAUCAUACCUUGAAAGCAUUUCUUGCUGAUCAACUAUGGUGCCGUAAAGAUCAAGAACCAAAUCUCAGAAGGGAUGAACAAAAUCCACAAAAAUGUGGAAAAAUUUCCUUGAUUUUGUCCAGGAUUGCAAGUAUAACACGGAAGAUUAAUCCCAGACGAAUAAAGGACGAUUUUGAAGAGGAUAAGGAAGUUAUAGAGACACGUCGAGAAUUUUAUUGGAGCAUUAGCUGGAUCUUUGGUAUAAUUGUGGCGACUCUGUCAAGAUUUGUAGGGUGGAAGGGUAUUUUAGAAAUUUCCACAAUCGCAGUGGCAGCCGGAUUUUCUAUGUUCUUGUUAGGCAUCCCGUUUUAUGAACGCAAGAAACCAUCUCCCAGCCCACUUGGUUACAUUUUCAAGGUUGUUAAAGUGGCACUAUCAAAGAGACAUAUGGAUUACCCAGUUUCUCCUAAUCAGUUGUGCAAGAAUAACAAAAGUGAUACACAGAUUCUUCCUCAUAUUGCAUUCCUCAGAUGGUUAGAUAAAGCCGCCAUUUUGGAAGCAUCAACAACAGAGCAAUUAGCUGAAACUGCAGAAGAAACAGUUUUUGAGGUAGCAAAAGUAAAGGAUGUGAAACGCUUGAUAAGUAUGUUUCCUCUUUGGUCAACAUUUUAUGUAUACAGUCUGGUAGGAGCUACAGCAAACACCUUCUUUUACAAACAAGUUAAACAUAUGAAUGACCAUCUUGGGAGGAUAUCCAACAUGCCAAUAGUAGUUUUUGUUAUUAUCAAGCCCUUCACAAGUUCCAUUACAUCAAACAUAUGUUCAUGGUUCAAGAACAGAUCAAAUGCACGACGUCCUCCACUAAAUAGAAUUAGAUUCGGAAUGUUUUUUUCUAUAAUAUGUUGUGCAGUUGCUUCUGGGGUCGAAGUUUACCGUCUUCAUGAUCAAAUUAGUGUUUUUUGGUUAACACCUCAGUUCUUCUUGGUUGGGCUCAUGGAAGGACUUUCUGAGAGUGGACUCCAAGAUUUCUUUGAAACUCAAGUUUGUGAGUCAAUGAAAGAGUACGGGCCACAAUUCAGUGAAUUCUCCACUGGCAUUGGAAAAUUCUUAAGUGUCAUUUUUAUCCUCAUUUUCCUUUUCUGGUUUAAUGAAGAAUUUGAGACAAGUCGAUUGGACAAGUAUUAUGCUGUGUUAAUGGUUCCUACCUUCCUUAACUUUGUCUUCUGUUGUUUCAUAAGCAACUGGUAUGCGAAUCAGCCCUAUGAUACCAUUAAUGCUGCUCAAGAAUUAGAAGAUGGUGUCGCAGAUGUAAUAGCAAAUAAGAAUUCUGGCUUUGAGAUUGCUCAAGAAUUAGAACAUGGUGCGGUGGAAGACUCGACAAAUGUGGUUUCUGGCUCGACUCGAUAGCUGAUAUGUUUAACACAAAAAGUGUUCUACAUGUUCAUCACUUUUUGUGUAACGAUAUGUUUAUGCAAUACCUUUGACUGCCGAAUAUAUUUUAACUAUGAUUUUGAAUAUGUUAUGAGAUUUGAG